GCGCAUGUCGGCAGCUUUUUAGCGCGCUCCUGCCCGUAUCGGUUCGAGCCAGCUGUCGCAUUAUCGAUUUGAGACACUGCCGCGCUGCCGCACCCAAAGGCACAUCAAUUGCACGCGGCAAGCAAUACUACACUCCACCAGCAGGCUGCCUACCUGCCCCCAGCAGUCGCGAGAAAUGCAUUAGCUCGCAAGCCGACGGCGGAAUCACGAAAUAAACAAGCAAGCCGACGGCGGAACCGAGAACUAAACAAUGCAACUGCAAGCACUGGCACUCCUGUUCAGCGGCGUCGGCGCGCAGCUCGUGGGACCGGGCGGCGUCGUGCCCUACGGCGGCGGCGGCGGCGGCCCGCGGCGCGUCGGGACCGUCAGGGAUUGGGCCCAGGGCUUUUUCGUCGCCGGCUCGACGUUAGAUGACCUGAACGGCGUCUACGCGCUCGUCGAUCCGAACACGCUGCGGCGCGCGUGUCGAACGCGGCGCUGCAAGGUCGCGUACCGCAACGAGGAGUCGGACUGGAUCUUAGCGUUCGCGGGCCCGCCCGUGGGUCUCAAAACCAAAAGCGGCAAGGAGACGGAGUGGGUUUUUAUAGAUCAGAGCGGCAAAGAUAGGUUCGAGCACGCGGGCGACACGGUGAUCCCGGGCGCCGGCGAUUCGUGGAGUCAUAGUCAUAGACCCUCACCCUACGAGCGCACGGCCGCGGAGGACAUGGCGUCGGGCGACGACGAUAAUGUGGAUGAGCUGCCCUGGCAGGUCAUCUACAUCGGCGACCGGAACAUGGUCUGGAACUUGGUCAACCAGCGGCGGCACCACAACGCGGUGAUCCGCAACGCCCUCGCGGGAAACGCCGUGUCCGAGUUCGGCUCGCUCCAGGCCCUCGCGGCGCCCGACGGCGCUACUGCGCAAGACAGUCGAGAGCCCCUGGCGCCGCCGGCCGACCUCGUGGCCAAGGCCGACGCGAGCGAGGCGGCGCGGUUCGCGGCGAGCGGCGACUACGGCAAGUGUGCCGACGCGUGGAAGGCAGGCAAGUACGCGAUCCAGCCCUUCUGGAACCGCGCCGAGGACGCGGAAGUCGUCAAGUGGGCGUCGGCCCUGGCUUCAUUAAGGCGGGGCGAGUGCUGUAGAAGAUCAAGGCGCUUCGACGAGGCGCGAGAUUCGUUGAGGGAGGCGCUUGCAUUAUUCCCGACGUACGGCGCGGCGCUCGUCGCCGACGCGGCCCUUGCAUUAGAUUCAGGGCGCGCCUCCGACGCGCUGCGCAACGCUGAAAGAUUAGCGUGGACCGACCGGACGCGCGACGGCGUGCGCGACGCUGUCGUCUUCGCCGCCGUCGACGUCGAACGAAGGCGCCUCGCGGGUGGCAACGAGUCGCACAACCACUACCUCGUGCUGGGCGUGACUCGCGACUUCGGGAGCGAUGAAUUACGGAAGGCUUUUCGGGCCGCAUCUCGGAGCGCGCACCCCGACAAAAAUGAUGGCUCGACGGCGGCCUUCGAGCGCGUGUCGGCGGCGCACGACUGCCUGGGCGAUCCGGAGAAGCGCAAGGCGUACGACCGCGGCGAUGACUUGGACCGAGGGUUCGAACGGGACGGGACGACGCAAGGCAUGCCCUUUUCCGAAAGGGUGUUGCGGCGCUACUUUCCAGAGGAUUUCAAGUACGAACCGUUUGGUGAUCCCUUUGAGCGCAAGCGGGACUACGAGCGCGAAAAGCGGCGGAAAACGCCGGCGCGGCCGAACGGCGCGACGAUUCCGCCCGGAUCUUAUUUAGGGUCCUGCGAGGGCUGCGACAUGGAGCCAGGCGGGGUCCUUCUCUGUCAAAAGUGCCAGACGGGCUUUCGGGGCCAGGUCGAGGAGGCGUCCAUCGAGCCGUCGGCGUGUGCCGACGACGAGCAUGUGGGCAACCGCCACGGCGCGCUGAUCUGCGAGAAGAAGCCGGAGGUCGAAGCGCCGACGCUGCCUCGCGGCGAUGAGCUUUAGUUUCUA